AUUUUGGCAAACCAAGUGAAUUUUGUGGGCUUUAUGUAGUAAUUUGUGGGCGAUGUUUAACAAAUCCCAUUUUUAAGGGGUACAUUGAACACUUGUGUUUAAGGAGCAUUGGAGACUAUUAUUAUAAUUAUUGGAUUCAAUUAGAUUCACCAAAAUGAGCCGUGGGCGAGUAUUUUGGUCGGACUUGCCCCUGGAGCUGUUGUCAAAAAUUGAUGAAUGCCUUGAGAGUCGAUCCGACACCCAGAACUUCUGGGAAGUUUGUAAGGCAUGGAAGAGAUCAAUCACUUUACAUGAUCUCACCUCAAAGAAUAUAUUAUCCCCUAUUUUUCCCUACUCUCUAGCAACCUGUGCUGGAAGUUGCUUAGAUGACAGUGGUCCUUUCUCACCGGUUCUAGUGGCGAGUUAUGUUUUACUCUUUUGAUCAACAAUUGAUCCCAAGCUCCCACCCUGGUUUUUCAUUGCUGAAGAGUUGCACCAUGGAAAGUUGUUUGUGAGCAGAUUGCUUUCACCAAUUGCCAUUAGAUUGUUGCCCGUCGGUUACCCUAGGAAUUUGGAUUUAUCGUACAUUCAAGUAUGUGAGAUGGCUGUGUUCCAUAGGUUAAGGUUUGUUGAUGCCCCUGGGGAUAUGUUUGGGAAGAAGGGUCUUCCUGAUUUCAACGAUAAAAGGGUGGUUUUGUUUGUAAAUCCUAAUUGUAGUAAAACUUACCCUACUAUUGGUGAUUGUACUGCCAUUGUUUUACAUCAUAGAGGGGCUUUAUGUGCAAUAAGGCUUAAAGACAAGCAAGAAUUGGAUGUGAGUUUCUAAGAAAGGCUUAAAGACAAGCAAGAAUUGGAUGUGAGUCUCCAGGAAAGGUUUAAAGACAAGCAAGAAUUGGAUGUGAGUUUCCACUUUCCAGGGAACCUUUCUAGAGAUGGUGUAAGCGUGGAACAAGAGAUGGAAUAGCUUUUACCAUUUAUAAGUUAAACGAGGGGGAGACAAAAUGGGAUGAAGUUGAAGGCAUUGGCGAUGAUAAAAUACUAUUUAUAACUUUUGAUGGGAGCUUCUUUGCCUCAGCAGAGGAUUUUCAAGGAUGGAAAGGCAAUUGCAUUGUCUUUUAUUGAGAAUUUGGCAUCUUAUCUAUCUGGGGUGUUCUGGCCACCUCCGACUUGGCUACCAUCAAAUGCGUGUAUGCCCAAACGGGCAACAAAGGACGAUGAAGAGACUCAAUCUGAUGCUGACACCCUUGACAGUCAAGAUGGUGAAUCCCCUACUCCAAUUGAGCUUGACCCUGUGUUUAUGGAACAAAUUUUUGAGGCACCCUCUACCUUUGCAACACGAGGAAGCAUCUCACGAGCACGAGAAAGACUAACAAGAAUGGAGAUACUGUUGUCAGUGAUGUCUGAACUUGAAGUUGCUGAACCAAUCACUGAGAUGUAUUUUACAUCUACAACCUGCGCGAGAGUGAGGAGAACGUCUGCCUUGAAUGAAUUGGAGCAUGCAGCUGAAGAAGUGCCCCAUCUGAAAACUUUGACAAGGGAAACCAAAUGUAGACACCAUGUGUCAAGGAAUUAUAUAAUCUCUCAGCAGAGCAACAAAAGUGAUAAUUCAAUUGUCAAAUUCAAAGGACUUGAUGUAAGGUCUAACUUACUCAAGACGUUGCAAAAUAUAUAGUCUAAGCAUGGAAACUUGAUAGAAAAUAGCAUCAUCCGCAAUGGCGACAUGGUUUCUAGGGCAUUAGAGUCGUUGGCAACAGCGGUUCUUAUUCUAGAAGAAACCUCAGUUCGAUCCUUGAGUGAUUCUCAAGCUGAUUACUUGAACACUACAUUGUCUGACCUGCAAUGUCUGCAUUUUAAAGUAGGCUGGUUAGUUCCUUACGUGGAAAAGGCUGUACAACUGCACAAAAGCAAGCCAUUGAUGGAUUCCCGUGAUGAGUACUCAGUCGCCAAGCAAAAGCUGUAAAACGGAUAUUAAAGCUUAAUGAAGAACUAGCUGAACUAAAAAACCUGGAGAAAGAAUUGGAGAAAGAUGUGGCCAAUGUGUCAAGAUCGAUUCCUUAUUCUGGAAAUGUAGAUAUGGACCAGCCUGUAGGAUGGGGGUUUUCUUGAAUGAAGUUUAUUGAUCUGCAGCUCUUAGCUUUGAAUGGAUGUUUAAGUAGCAUUUUGGAGUUUGGACUUUGAAGUGUGGCAAUAGUUUGCCUAAAGCACCUUUUUGAUGUGUAUGACAGCGUAAGUGAGUACGCCAUGAAGAGAUAAGGUUUCAUGAAUGAAUCGAAUAUGACCUCUGUUGGUUUAUUGUUUGAUAUUUAAGUAAAUUUAGUUUAAAUAGAUGAAUAUAAAUUUUACAAUUUAACACAAGUCAAUUUGAAAGAAAAUACAUGUCUUAAUUGCUGUUUUCUUAAGGACCA